AGUAGUAAGAGGGAAAAUUGCAAGAUCGAGAGAAAGAGAGUAAAGUAGAUUGAAUUUCCGAUCAUCUUCACUUCACUGUCUCCGAUCUCCGAUCUCCGAUCGAUCGUCGGAAUCACGAACUGAAACUGAAAUGCAACUCCGUUCCUCCCAUUCUCACCAUCACAAUUCCUUCAACUUCCACUUCCAGUAGCUAAUUUACUAGUAUUCAAGUGUUUUCGAUUGAAUUUCGAAACACAGUACUGAGUGAGUGGUGGUUGAAGGAAAUUGGGUGCGUGCAUAGAUAGUGUUUGUGAUAUGGCUUCUGCUAGCCUUGGUAGUGGAAAUGGAAAUGGUGGUGUUGGUAGUUCUAGGUCUGCUUUGAGAGGUUCGUCGAGUUCCGUUGAUUGGCUUGGGAGAGAGAUGCUUGAGAUGAGGCUCAGAGACAAGGUUGAGCAUGGCCAUGAUGAUGAUGAUGAUGAUGACAGAGAGAGUGAGCCUGAUAUCAUUGAUGGUGUGGGUGCUGAAACAGGACAUGUAAUACGAACCAGCAUUGGUGGACGAAAUGGUCAAUCUAAACAGAAUGUUAGUUAUAUCGCGGAACACGUAGUAGGGACGGGCUCUUUUGGCACUGUUUUUCAAGCAAAAUGUAGAGAAACAGGAGAGAUUGUUGCCAUCAAGAAGGUUCUCCAGGACAAGCGUUACAAGAAUAGAGAGCUACAGAUUAUGCAAAUGCUGGACCAUCCAAAUAUUGUCGCCCUGAGGCAUUGUUUCUUUUCGACGACCGACAAAGAAGAGCUUUACUUGAAUCUUGUACUAGAAUACGUUCCUGAAACCGUGAAUCGUAUUGCGAGGAACUAUAGCAGGAUUAACCAGCGAAUGCCUUUAAUAUACGUGAAACUUUAUACGUACCAGAUAUGCAGGGCCCUUGCUUACAUACAUAAUUGCAUUGGAAUUUGUCAUCGUGACAUCAAACCUCAGAACCUACUUGUAAACCCACACACUCAUCAGCUGAAGCUAUGUGAUUUUGGGAGUGCAAAAGUGUUGGUGAAAGGAGAACCCAAUGUUUCAUAUAUUUGUUCAAGAUACUAUCGUGCCCCAGAACUUAUAUUUGGUGCCACUGAAUAUACCACUGCCAUAGAUAUAUGGUCAACUGGUUGUGUAAUGGCUGAAUUACUUCUUGGACAGCCCUUGUUUCCUGGAGAGAGUGGAGUUGAUCAGCUGGUUGAAAUCAUCAAGGUUUUGGGAACUCCUACAAGGGAAGAGAUAAAGUGCAUGAACCCAAAUUAUACUGAAUUUAAGUUUCCGCAGAUAAAACCUCAUCCAUGGCACAAGGUCUUUCAGAAACGUUUACCUCCUGAAGCGGUGGAUCUUGUCUGUAGGUUCUUUCAGUACUCUCCUAAUUUGAGAUGCACUGCUUUCGAAGCUUGCAUCCACCCCUUCUUUGAUGAAUUGAGGGACCCAAGCACCCGCCUUCCCAAUGGCCGCCCACUGCCUCCGCUGUUUAACUUCAAACCUCAGGAACUUUCUGGUAUUCCACCUGAUGUCAUCAACCGGCUUAUUCCAGAACAUGCCCGGAAACAGAACUUAUUUAUGGCUUUGCACACCUAGCAACUUUUGUUUUUGCCCUCCCUUGUUGCUCACUUGCAGGCUGUAAAUUAUCGGGUGUAUCUGAGAAAGAGUGCUACAAAAAGAGUUCCGAGGAUUAUAUAUAUUAUAAUAUUAUGAUUCUCAUUUUUUCUUAUUUGUCAAAGGAGCUGUUUUCUAUUCUUGCUCAGGAGUGAACGUUUUCAUGUAUAUUUCUUAGGCCCUUUUGAUACAUCUUAUCUAAUACAGAAUGAAACUUGAUAGUGUUCAUGAUAUCAUAUGAUAAGUGUUUGUUUUAGAUCAAAAUUUUACGUCUGAAAUCGCUCUGCAAUUUGUAUUAUCUUACUUUUAUAGUUCAUGUGACUCUGUAAACCAUCUCUAUCAGUUACAUCAACAAUGAGAUGGCAAAAUACACAUCGAGUAUUGAUCAACGGUGUGGUACCCGUAGACGGACAUUCUGGCCAAGAUUCGAGUCAGAAGCUCGAUUCCUGUUGUUAGGAUUCAAGAGGUAAAUGGAAAGGAUCUCUAAUUGGAUUCAAAAGUCUUGUCCUGAUUUAUUUUCAACUUUAAUGUUCUAGGCAUCUUUUUCUGUAGAGUAGUUUUUUGUUAAUUGUUUUUCUCAUGUAACAGAAAAACCUCCACCAUAGCUGUGCAGUCAUGCUUGCAACACUAAAAAGUUGCAAUGUUAAUUAAUACUUUACAAUUGCAUAUAUACGAUUUUUUUUUU